UCUAGACCACUUAUUACCCGCAAUCGGGGCAAGUAGUGAGCUAUACCCGCCGCCGUCGGGACCAGAAUAUCCGAGGAGAAAACUCGGACCCCUCUCGCGCGUCGUCGUGCCUUUGUCAUGCGCCCAGGCCUGACCUUUGGCCCGCCGGGCGACGAGUGGCACUACGACAGACCGUCGCGAACCUAUGAUCUCACCCGGGGCCGGUCGCCGGCUUGGAAGGUCGGCACCAGCCAAGGACCAGCGGGGACGUCGGUUUCGGUGAACCCCCACAGCACGGCGCUCGUGAUUGUCGACAUGCAGAAUUACUUUUUGCACCCCAGCUGUCGAGACCACCCGGCCGGGCUGGCGGCGGUGGAGCAAACCAAGAAGGUUGUUGAGAAAUGCCGCGAAUUAGGUAUCCAGGUAAUUUGGCUAAAUUGGGGCCUGACCGACGACGACCUGGCGCGGAUGCCCGCCAGCGUCCAGCGCGGCUUCUCGCGAUCGCUCGUCCUGGGCGACGAGGGGAAGAGCAGUUCUCCCGGCGACAAGGGGCAUACCCUCGCCCGCCUCGGCCUCGGCGCAGAUCUCGGCGAUGGCAGGGGCCGCUGCCUCGUCGCGGGCGAGUGGAACGCCGACAUUUACGAGCCGCUGAAGCGGAGCAGUCUCCGGACGGGGGAGGACGUGCGGUGCGACAAGAAUAGGAUGUCGGGGAUGUGGAGCCCGGAGCAGCCGCUGCGGAGGUAUUUGGAAGGUACCCGGGAGAGUGGUGAUGAUGAGGAGGGUGUCUCCAGGACCGGGAAGGGAAGAGGAGGAGGGAUCCGAACACUGCUCUUCGCCGGGGUGAAUACGGACCAGUGCGUCCUCGGCACGCUGACGGAUGCGUAUAAUGCCGGGUGGGAUUGCAUCUUGAUCGAGGACUGCUGCGGGACCGGGACGCCUGGUGCUCCCGAGGUGUGCCUUUACAACAUUUCUGGCUCCUACGGGUUCGUCGUCUCGACAGAGACAUUUCUCGCCGGAACGGCUUCUUGAAAACGCUUCGCACUACUCACCAUGUGCGUAAGGUGAUGUCAAGGUGAGGAAAGGUGAUGGUUUAGUCAGAUCACUGAGUCAAGCAAAAACGUACGAUGGGGCUCAACCUCCGGAAAAGGAAAACAAAAAACUAGAAAAACUUUUAGAUCGACGAAUGCGGUUGUUUGUGAAGUGGCCUUCUCUCGUACCGAAUAUGCGGGACGCUUAUCGUGCAAACGAAAAGCCACCCGAUGUGUGGUUGUUCGCGAUACGAGACAGUGGCCAAUGGAACGGGCAACGUGGGGUGGGAAGGUGUGAGCGAGGAAGAGAGA